AUGACAUCAUCAGAUCAAACAAAUAAUGAUCGUUCAACAAUAUUGAAUGAUAUUAUUCUACACGAAGAUGAUUUAACUGAACAAGCCAAAAAACAUUUUCCUUAUCACAGUAAUAUAUUUCGAACGUUUGAAUCAUAUCGUCAAAGUAUACUUCGUAAUGAAUAUAUAGCACCUUUUGGGCGAAAUUUUUUUUUAUCCGAACUUCAGAAUUUACACAUAAAUUGUAAACGUGUUUUAAAUUAUGCAAUUGAACAUAAUAAAUUUGUCGAUCAAAAUUUACCUACUAUUGGUCCAUUGCUUAUUUGUGGUCUUACACGUACAGGUACAACGUUACUCUACAAUUUACUUGCCUGUGAUCCGCAAUGUCGUGCACCAUUGUACACUGAUAUGUGCAUUGAUGUUGUUCCGCCUAUAGCGCGAUCCGAUUCAAUUGAACAAAACCGACGAAUGGAUAUUUUUAAUUCUCAAAUGAUCAGUGAACAAUUAUCCGAUUUUUUCAUUAGUUUUGCUGCAUCUCAUCCAAAUUUUUCAAUUGAAGAAGAUUGUUUUAUUACACGUCAAGCUGGUUAUUUUCCACUGUACUUUGAUCUAUCUGACAAUGAAGAUGACGAUGCUGAGAAUUGGAUUCGUAAUGAAAUAAGCAAAGAUUAUGUAUAUGAUUAUCAUGAAAUAUUUUUGCGCAUGUUAAAUAGUGUUGAUACACCAAAAUCUCAUUGGUUAUUAAAAUCACCGUUCAGUGUUUAUUGUCUCGAUACAUUUCUUCAACAUUAUCCGAAUGCAUUAUUAAUUAUGACUCAUCGAAAUCUCGAUGAAGUUUUUCCUUCACUGUAUAGGUUGUGCUUGACACCUGCAAGUUAUCAUUUUGACAACACAAACUCGAUCUCUCGAGAUAGAAUAAUAAAACGAUGCUAUCAAUUUCUCGAUAAAGGAAUCGAAUAUAUGAUGAAAUUUCGAAAUUUACAAAAUGAUACAGUUAAGAAAACGCAAAAAAAUAUUUUCGAUGUUUCCUAUGACAAUUUAAUGAAAGAUCCAAUUGGUGUUGUUCAGCAAAUCUAUGAUCAUUUCAAUCUUCAUUUCUCGGAUGAAAUGAAAAUGGCUAUGCACAAUUGGUUACUCGAAAAUCCUCAAGGCAAACAAGGCCGACAUAAAUAUUCUCUUGCUGAUUUCGGUCUCAAUCGGGAAGAUAUCGAAACACGUUAUGCUGAUUAUAAUAAGUUAUUUCUUUCUUCAACAUAUUCGACUAAUCAAUCUUCAUCGACAAAUUCAAUUCAAUCAUAA